CACAGGUUUCCCACGACUUGAUCUUUCCUCAGUCUCUUCCUCAAGGGUCAUCUACUAUCCGAUACUCAUGGACCAAUCUACAUCUGAAGUCAACGAUCAUGAAAUGGAAAAUUACACCCAGCCAGAUAAUACUGAUGCACAAGCUACUAAAUCACCAAGUCCAAACUCGAUCCCUCCAAAAGUCGAAAAAAAACCGCGCUUCAGUCCAAAAUAUAUCCUGAGCGGCCAUACAAAACCUGUGGCUUCCUUGAAGUUUAGCCCUGACGGGUCUACCUUGGCUUCAUGUGGCGCUGACAAACUCAUCAAGCUCUGGGACGCAUAUACUGGGGAAAUCUUGCGUACACUCGAAGGACACGAGGAAGGCAUAUCAGAUAUUGCAUGGUCAUUUGACGGAGAGUUUCUUGCGUCUGUCUCGGAUGACAAAACGGUCAGGAUAUGGGAUUUUGGUCUCGGAACCGAAGUAAGGUGUUUACAAGGCCAUACGAGCUUUGUGUUUUGUGUCAACUAUAAUCCGAACUCGAAUCUGCUUGUAUCCGGAGGCUUUGACGAAACAGUACGCGUCUGGGAUGUGGGAAGAGGGAAAACGCUCAAAGUUCUCCCUGCACACUCGGACCCAGUUACUUCGGUUGCAUUCAACCACGACGGGACUCUGAUCGUAUCUUGCGCAAUGGACGGUCUAAUUCGAAUAUGGGACACAGAUUCAGGUCAAUGUCUGAAGACCUUGGUCGACGACGACAAUCCCAUAUGCUCUCAUGUAAUAUUCUCUCCCAACUCGCGCUUUGUUCUUGUAUCGACGCAAGAUUCCACCAUACGGUUGUGGAAUUAUCAUACAUCACGAUGCGUCAAAACAUAUGUGGGACAUAUGAACCGGACAUAUUGCAUACCUGCGUGCUUCAGUAACACAAUAGACAAGUACGUUGUGAGCGGGAGUGAAGAUCACAAAAUUUAUGUUUGGGAUCUGCAAACUUGUCAGAUAUUGCAGGUUCUAGAAGGCCAUCGAGAUACGACACUAGCUAUCGCGACGCAUCCAACGAAAGACAUGAUUGCAUCUGCGGCGAUGGAGAAAGAUCUCACAAUUCGUUUGUGGAUUGACGAUAGUACGUCGGCGUCUAACCUCGCUCCUUGAGUAAAGUAUAGAUAUACUUAGAUGUACUUAAGAACUUGAAUCAAAGACGGGAUUCCUCGAGUUCCGAGACGGUGACCGUUUGCCAUUGGUGUUGAGUGAGCGCUGACUCAGAACCGGCACAUUCUCGGUAUGCAAAUCUUCGUAAAGACCCUCACCGGGAAGACUAUCACUCUCGAGGUUGAGUCCUCUGACACUAUCGA